CUGGCCGCUACCUUCCUCCUGCCUAUUACCACCGCGACCACGACCACGACCACGACCACGACCAUCACCAUGGAGGCUCUGUUGUCGCUCUCCUUCGACAACAUCACGUCCAAAGACAGCGCCAAGAUCCGUAAGGGCCUGCGCCAGAUCGAGGGUCUGCUGGCCCAGAUCUGCCUCAAGUCCGGCGACGCCUCGACGCCUUCCAAGCACAAGCGCACCCAGUCGGCCGUCACGCCGUCGUCGACGUCGGCCCCCAAGCAACUCGACACGCUGGCAGAGGACCCCGCCUUCAGGGAGUUCUUCAGGUUGCAAGAGGGCUUUGAGUGGAAUGUUGCCACACGGCUUAUCACAUGCCUCGAGAGGUUGCUUGGUAUGGGCAGCAGCGGCCAAAGCGAUAUGCUCAUCCUCGCUGCCCUUGACCUUCUUCAAGGAAUUCUCCUACUCCAUCCGCCGUCUCGCACCCUCUUCAGCCGAGACAUCCACAUGAACCUCCUCCUUGAUCUCCUCGACUGUGGCGACUGCCCCUCGAUCCAGUCCCGCACCAUGCUCGUUCUCGUCACUGCUUUGCUCUCCACGCCCGCCAACACACGCACUUUCGAAGCCAUAGAUGGCUUGCUGACGGUGACGUCGCUCUUCAAAUCGCGUAGCACGUCUAGUGCUGUCAAGCUGAAGAUCAUGGAAUUCCUGUACUUCUACCUAAUGCCCGAGACUCCAACGGGCGCCAAGGGUCAUUUGCUUGAAGCCUUUGAGAAGCGCAGCCACGAACACAAGCGCGAAAGCAGUGGAAAUGGCGGCGAGACCAGGACAACCGAAGAAAAGCAGGCGUUACUGGGACGCUAUCUCAGUAAUGUCGAGGACCUGGUGCAGGACCUGAGAGAGAAUGCCCCGUUCAGUGAGGGGCAGGUGGGCGUGGCUUGCUGAUGACUAGGCGGAUGCGGUAUGUGGGAUGCAUCUGUGAUGGCUCCUUGCCCUGCUUUGCUGGGACGUCUGCAUCACUACUUGUAAGCCUUCGUUGUUCUUGCUGUCAUUUUUACCUUUUUUGCUUUUCCAUUUUCGGCCUCUUCCGGAUUGUGUUGGGUAAGCGUGGCGUAUCUAUCUUGCGGGUUUUUGGCACAAGCGGCAUGGCGAGGCGCACGGCGAGGGUAUACGAUUAUUCUACAUGACCAUUGGGCGUCUUGGAGAACCUGGGUUGCGGCAUCUUAAAGGGAAUCAAACGGCGGGCUUCUUCAAUAUUUUCAGACCAAGAAUUGCUCGAAGUACUGUGGUGGCGAAAUAGUGCAAAAGGCGAGGCAUGCUAAUUGGCUGGCUCGCUAUACAACGGCGGAGGCGGACUCCAGCUCCGACUAAAUAUAGGUAG